AUUUAUUAGUGCGCCUCGCAGCUCCGCUCCGCUCAGUCUGCUGCCGCAGUCAGCGCGCACACAUGCGCACGGAGGAAAGGAGCUCCGGACACUUGUGGACAUUUAUUCUAAACAAUAAGCGCAGGUUGUUGAGUUGAGAUACGAGGGCAUCGUUCGCUGUGCGAUGAGACUAUAAUUUGAUGUGUGAUCUGUGAAGCAACCCACGCUGCCACAUCAAGACCUGUUUUUGCUUUGUUUUUUUUAACUUAUUUCCCAUUGGCUGGCAUGAGAACCGCAGAGGAUUCCUCUGGAACGGUCCUGCACCGUCUCAUCCAGGAGCAGCUCCGCUACGGAAACCUGACGGACACGCGCACGCUUCUGGCCAUUCAGCAGCAGGCCCUGCGUGGAGGCAGCAGCGGUGGUGGCACAGGCAGUCCCCGCUCCUCUCUGGAGAGCCUCACUCAGGAGGACACUCAGUACAUCCAGAUGUCAACGAGGCAGGAGCCUCAAGGUCAGGAGCAUCAAGGGGACGGCCUACACUCCGAGAGCCCCGUAUGCCACCUGUACCAGCUCCACAAGGAGGAGCUGCCCACCUACGAGGAGGCCAAAGCCCACUCCCAGUACCUGAACUCUCAGAAGGGUCAGGCAGAGCAAGAUGGACCCAGCAUGGAUGUAGUGGGAAGUGGAAGUGAGGCACAGUGGGAUCUGAAGAGAGAGCACGCUCGCUCUCUGAGUGAGAGGCUCAUGCAGCUCUCUCUGGAGAGAAACCAGCGUAGGGACAGUCUGACUAUGAGCUCCUCACACAGCUACCCACAGCUCUACAAUCAUACUAACAUCUUAAAUGCUGCCGGACCUGACAGACAAAGGGCCCAGCCGUGUGCAGAGCAGCGAGGACCACCUCCGGACUAUCCUUUCUGUGUCAGGCUUCCCGGAUACAUGCUCAGCCACUCACAGGAGCAUGUGCAGUACCACCGAGACCCUCCUCCUCCCUUCUACACGCAGCAGCACAGGUUUGUGUCUGCUCAGUCCCAGGCGGCUCACCGCAGCAUCACCGCAGCUUCCAGCAGUAACUCCGCUCAGAGCGCUGCACUGAUGCGGGAGAACGAGCGGCUCAGGAAGGAACUGGAGGCGUACGUGGAGAAGGCCACCAGGCUGCAGAAGUUGGAGUUGGAGAUUCAGAGGAUAUCUGAGGCUUAUGAGACCCUCAUGAAAGGCUCCGCCAAGCGAGAAGCUCUGGAGAAAACGAUGAGGAAUAAACUCGAGGCAGAGAUUAAGAGGAUGCAUGACUUCAACAGAGACCUGAGAGAACAACUCGACACGGCUACCAAGGACAGAGCGGACUGCGGCGACCCGAAGCAGCACAUCUUCGUUAAACUCCUGGAGCAAAAUGAAGAACAGCAGCGGGAGCGGGAGCGUCUGGAGAGACAGAUUCAGCACCUGCGAUUGUCCGGGGAGGAGUGCCAGCGGAGACGGGAGCUGCUGGAGCAGGCUCUGGCUUCGGCACAGACCCGCAACCAUCAGCUGGAGGAAGAACUGCAGAGGAAGAGGGCAUACGUGAAGAAAGUGGAGAGGCUGCAGAGCGCGCUCGCUCAGCUGCAGGCGGCCUGCGAGAAGAGGGAAGCGCUGGAGCUGCGGCUGCGCACACGGCUGGAGCAGGAGCUAAAAAGCCUCAGGGCACAACAGUCCCAGAACCAGACGGCUGACACCACAGCUUCAGAACCAAACUCGUCCAGGUUGCAGCAGCAGAUGAGGGAGAAGGAGGAGCGCAUCCUGGCCCUGGAGGCAGACAUCACCAAGUGGGAGCAAAAGUACCUGGAGGAGAGCACCAUGAGGCAGUUUGCAAUGGAUGCAGCAGCCACAGCUGCAGCACAGAGAGAUACAACCAUCAUCAAUCACUCCCCGCGGCAUUCCCCGGACAGCAGUUUUAAUGGAGAUCUGCCUCUGUCCAAUCACAGACGUCAGGAGAUGGAGAACAGGAUCCGCGCUCUUCAUGCUCAGCUCCUGGAGAAGGACGCAGUGAUCAAAGUGCUCCAGCAGCGCUCCAGGUGGGAGCAGAGCAAGCCUGAGAAACAGGGGCUUCGUUCAGCGAGAUCCGUCCCCUCCAUCAGCAUGGUGACCGGCGGCAUGGAGAGUAAAGCAAAGAGCCUCUCAGAUGACCAGACGGGUGCCGCAGUGCUGCAGCCCGAGCUGUUUGCUGCCGCCGGCGGCCCGAGCCGAGACUGCAGCACGCAGAGCGACGAGGCGGCGCAGCAGCCCGAGGCCACGGCCGAGCCCAGCGAGCUAAAGACGUGUGAGGCGAGCUCAGCAGCUACACCUGAAACCUCGGAGGAGCCGAAGGUGCAGCUGAAGAUGCUGAUGAACAGCCUGGGCGCGGACGUGGUUGAAAUCCUCAUCUGAGCGCUCGCUGCGGCUCGUACGACCGCCGGCGCCGAUGACAGAAACUUCAAAGGGCUGCUUACAUCAGCGCGUGUGCCGCGGAGAGCUGACAGUUGGGAAUUCUUCACGGUACCUGGACAGUAUUUCAGUGUGACAGGAACUGGGCUGCUGACUGUGCAUAUAAUAUGCAUGUUUCCCUUUAAUUUUGAAUGAUGUAUUUAAACGUGUAAAUGCUGCUCAUACGUUGAUGUGACUUUAGUUUGUCCUGAGUGUGCUCCACUUUUUUACGUUCUGUACAAAUGGCUCACUUCUCAGUUUUGUUUUCCAGUAGCAUCCCUGUUGCCAUGCCCUCUGAAAGUAAUGGGAAUAUUUAUAAAAAUGACUCAGAAUAAGCAUCCUCCUGCCAUGUCUGAGGAUUAUUCUGUUUAACAGAGCUAAAUGAACAGUUGCUUCUCUCUUUAAAAUACAUUCGGAGGCCUUGCUCGCAGCUCAGCAGAGGAUUUGGAAGCUUUCUUUGAAUGUGGAGCCUGCAAAACGCCUGCUCGCUUCUCUUUAAAAAGCCUGUGAGGAUUGACGCCGUUUCUCUGGGGUCUAAUUUUCCAGAUCCCCGGUUAACGUUUAGGGCCUCAGAUGGUGACUGCCCAGCGUUCCUCUCCCCUCUGAUGGCACGGCGGAGCUAAUCUUCUCACAUUCCUCGCUGAGGGAAUGCUCCCGUUAAAGAAAAAGGCUAUCUAAAGUCUGACCCCUCGCCCUUGUUAAAAUGGCAGGCAUUCUCUACAUGACUCCUUUUCUGGGGCGGUUAUUUCCUCUGAGCCGUGGUAGCUGGUUCUACCACAGAAACGGGCAACUAUAAUUGGCCCGCAUUUGCUACUUGUUCGUCUCCAUCACUGUUAUAUUCAGCUGUUUUUUCAAGUAUCUCACAUUUCUGGGUAGACUGUACUGAAAGCCUAACAUGGACUCUUCUAUUUAUUUCUGCCUGCGUGGUGUAGGAUCACUGAACACUGAAUGUAGACUUCUGUUUAACUGGAACGUGCCACGCUUCAUGGGAAAGGACGUUAAAGCUCAUCAUCAGUGCAUUUCUGAAGAAGCCAAUAAGCUCAUCCCCUUUUUAAAUAUUAGCGUGUGAAAGCUCACGUUUUCAACGACGUUCUCCUUCACGCUGCAUCUCGGCGCAUUUGCUGGUCAGUGCGGCGUAUUAGUCCGAGUUACUGCCCUUUGCUUAUUCUGCAAUAUGUUUACACAAAUGGCUGUUUGAAGUGAGAGAAGUUAAUAUAUUUUGUAUUUUUCAUUUAUAUUUGAAAUGUUUCGUUUCCUGGUGCCAAAGAUGGACUCUACCUUUAAGUUAUGAAUGAUGACAAACACAGAAGGUUCUGUUAAGUUGCGUUGCUUCAGCUGGUUGACCCAAUGUGAUGUUGCUGUGAACUUUUGUAAAGGAAACAUUUGUAUGUAUGCCUUAACAUUUCACAAUAAUAAAGUUUUAAUAUAUGUCUGA